AUGUAAAUCGAUCAAAUGCAACAUUCAACGCCGAUUCAUGGUGAGGAAACAGACAUUUAGAAAGGGAAGGAGGUAUCUUUAAUAGUUUUCCCCAAAAAGUUUCUAAAUCCCCUUAGCACUUACAGGAUGAAAGGAGACUUCCAUCUAUUUGCAGAUGCUCGUCACAUCAGAUAGCACGAAAUGCUUAAAACUGGUAUCAGUUGUCAAAAUCCCUAUAAAAAAAUUUCCAAAAUACUCGUUGAUUAAUCUGCUGGGGUACUCAAAUUAUGCUACACUUAACUUGAUUUUUCUGAAACUCCUUGGGAAUAUGUGGCCAAAAGAUUAUAAAGUUUUGGUGAUGUUUAAAUGAAUGAAUUGAGCGAAUACAUAAAGAAGUACUACGAGCAACUAAACUCUGGCUUAAAAUAGGGAGAAAUUGAAUAAGUAGUUCACAAUAUACUAUCAACAUUAUUCUAGGUUCCCCCAGACAAUUACAGAUCAUUUGGGACAUACCAAUACAAGUAUUUGAAGGGCUUAAAUCAAUUUUUCAUCUCAGGUUUGGUAUUGGACAUCAAAUUGGUGGAAGAUUUAGGAUACUCAGUACAAUACUUUGUUGACUCGUGCAUGAAGAUAGGAAUUCCGGAGUACAAAAUUUAUUAAUUAAUGCCAAGAAUAUCUUUAUAACCUGGGUGCUCAAAUGUCGAUUACUACAAAAACGUUAUGGAGUUUGCCAAACCUCUGACGAAACCAACGGAGAUGUAAGAUUUCUAUUUGUACUCUCCCCUUUACCCACAAGGCCUAAAAUGUGAUGUAUCUUUUUCUGUGACAAAAGAUCAUUGCGAAGCAGAAAGCGAUGCACUCAUUAACUUUAAUUUUUAUUUAAAUUACUAGCCUUCAUUACGUAAUAAUCAAGCUCUUAUGCCUAAUAAGAAGCUAAAGUCUCAAAAUUGCAUCUCACAAUAUUACGAACUCAUGGAUUAUCAUUAUUCGAGGUGCGGGUUCAAAAAGACUAAGCUGAAUUGA